UCCUGUCGGUGACGCAGUUGGCGAAGUGGAAGCCCCGCCGUCAAUCAAAUUAGGGAAAAAAACAAACUGGACUAAAGCGAGCGCAGGCACCGAUUAAAAUAACCAUGCUCGGAGUGUAAUUAAACGCAGACAUCAGUCUUCUUUAAAGAACUCACGUAAUGACCGCGCCUGAAGGGCCAGUGAAAGCGGGAGUCAUGGCGGACAGCAGCAGCGCGCAGGACGGCGGCGGCGCGGAUCAGGACGGACAGCCCUCGCCGCUCGCCCUGCUCGCCGCCACUUGCACCGGCCUCGGAGCAGAGAACGGGGCAAACACGAAUAAUAAUGGUGUUGCUGGGGUGAACGCAGACCUCUCAGUGCAGUUAACAGGGUCGUCUGACAGGUGGGAGGCGGUAAAGGACGACUCGGGUGUCCUGCAUCUCCCCGGCACGGGUAUCGUCACGUCCAACGGACAGUAUGUUCUUCCUCUCCAGAGCCUCCAGGGUCUCCAGAGCCAGCCCAUCUUACUCACGUCAGGGACCGACACGUCUGCCGGCGCAGUGCCUAACAUCCAAUACCAGGUCAUCCCUCAGGUGCAGACGGCCGACGGGCAGCUGGGUUUCGAGGGGGCUUCAAUGGCGCAGGACGCCUCAGGGCAGAUCCAGAUCCUCCCGGACGGCACCCAGACCAUCAGCGUCACGGGCACGACGGCAGCCGAUGUGAUCCGCAACACUCAGAACCUCAUGACCCAGUCUGGCCAAGUGCACUUCAACAGUCAGGGUCAGAUGGUCACUAACGUGCCUCUGGGUUUGCCUGGUAACAUUACCUUUGUGCCCAUAAACAGCGUGGAUCUGGACUCGCUCGGGCUCUCGGGGGCCCAGGCAAUAGCCACCGGCGUCACGGCUGACGGACAGCUGAUCAUGACCAAUCAGAGCGUGGAGAACUCUGACGGCUCGGAGAAAGCAGGGGAACAGCACCAGACACUCAACUCGAAUGCAGACAUGUUUGUGCCUACCACAUCUUCAUCCUCCUCCUCGUCCUCACAGCAGCAGCAGCAGCAGCAGGCCAGCACGAUAGACGGCACGGGCGUGUUGACGCAGCCUGUGGCGGGAGAGCAGGGAGACGGGUCGGGAUACCUCAGUCAGGGCACGGUGCAUGUGUCCGGGGGGCAGCAGGUCAUCCAGUUACAGCAGCUGCCCUUGCAGACCGGUGACGGUCAGGCCCAGCAGAACAUGCAAAACAUCCAGCUCAUCAACCCAGGAACAUUCCUCAUCCAGGCCCAGACCGUCUCACCGUCAGGACAGAUACAGUGGCAGACCUUCCAGGUCCAAGGAGUUCAGAACCUCCAGAACCUUCAGCUCCAGACGGCUCCCGCUCAGCAGAUUACUCUCGCCCCGGUGCAAACGCUGUCUCUGGGCCAGGCCGGCACACAGGUCAGCCUGAGCUCGGGACAGAUGCCUAACCUGCAGUCGGUGACGGUCAACACCAUGGGCCAGGCAGGCAUUCAGUUCCAGCAGUCCGAGGACACCGACAGCACUGGAGAUAUUCAGAUUAAGGAGGAGCCUGAUUCGGAGGAGUGGCCUCUGGACAGUAGCUCUACGCUGAAUGCCAAUGACCUCUCUCACCUUCGUGUUCGUUUAGUGGAGGAGGAGAUGGAGGGAUUGAGCCAGGAGGGCAAACGUCUGCGCAGGGUCGCAUGCACCUGCCCCAACUGCAAAGAGGGAGGUGGGAGGGGAUCUAACAUGGGCAAGAAGAAACAGCAUGUGUGCCAUAUAGCCGGCUGCGGGAAGGUAUACGGGAAGACGUCUCACUUGCGGGCUCACCUGCGCUGGCACUCGGGAGAGAGACCCUUUGUCUGCACCUGGAUGUUUUGUGGGAAGAGGUUCACGCGCAGUGAUGAAUUGCAGCGACACAGGAGAACGCACACUGGAGAGAAGAAGUUCGUGUGUUCCGAGUGUUCGAAGAGAUUCAUGCGCAGCGAUCACCUGGCCAAGCACAUAAAGACGCACCAGAACAAGAAGGGAGGAGGCGGAGCCGUGGUGUCCAGUGUGGGCGGAGCCAUGUCCUCGGACAGCAUCAUCACGGCGGGCGGCACCACACUCAUCCUCACCAACAUCCAGGCCGGCUCCAUGCAGGGCCUCGCCACCGUCAACGCCACCGUCAACACCUCCAGCUCGCAGGACCAGCUGAGCUCAGCCGAGAUCCCUCUGCAGUUAGUGUCCGUGUCCACCGGGGACGAGUGAUCACGUGACGAGUCCUACAGGAGAGGAACAUCAUUCUAAAGGUCCCGCCUCUUCCUGUACGACAUCACAUCCUCUUCUCCCGCAAACUUUAGACUCCAUUUUGACUACAUCGAUCGAUUCCACGCUCACGCAUAUACCUUGCUUUUAUACCUUUACAUAUAUACCCUCCUUUACGUAAAUAUGUACAUUUACGUGAAUGCAUAUAUACACACACACACACACACACAUACAUAUAUAUAUAUA